AAACAGCUUUUUUCCCUGACAGUUCCUCCUGCAAAGACCAAAACAACAAACCAGGGCUGCAGCUGCGCUGCUUAUAAACACACAUUUGGGUGAAUAGCGACAGCAAAGGCUUUGAGAAGCCUUGGAUUUCUCUUCUCGUUCUGACACUAAAGCUGGGAUGAAGAAUAUUGAAUCUAAUUUCAGUCUUUUUAAUGGCAGGUAUUGGAAAUUUCACAGUAAGAAGGAGGACAUUUUUAUCAGACAUAUAAGUGCCUUAAGCCCUCGACAAAGAUCUAUACCGCAUCCGUAAAUUGUAUUUUUCGUACAACCAAUGCUUUUGGAGGUUAAAAUAGUCAUUGUGUUGAAUUGAGCGAUAGCUGCAAUAGUUAUCCAGAUAGCAAGAUUCAAAUAACCGUGUAGUGCGCGAGUUUACCAGUACGACCCGUUGUGUCCCGUGUGUGCAAGGGAUGCACAGCAGUUAUCACAUUUGCGUCAUUUACCAACGGGACGGCUACCGAGCUGAAGACAAAAUAACUGUACGAACUUUUGAAGGAAAGUAGCCAGUGGAGCUAAAAUACUCCCAAAGUGACUACCCACAAGCUUUCAGUCUGUAUCCGCCUAGUGUUGAUCAUUUGUCCACUAGUGUCAGAAUAGGUGAUAGGUGUUCUGUCUUUCUGUACUCAUUUGCGCGCUAAUUAUACUUGCGCGGCAAGAUGAAACUCCUGGAAAACUCCAGUUUUGAGGCCAUGAACACCCGACUCACCAUUGAAACUGGAGACUGCCAGAUAAUAGGACGGAUUGAGAGCUACUCCUGUAAAAUGGCUGGGGAGGACAAGCAGAUGUUUAAACAGUUCUGUCAGGAGGGGCUCCCUCAUGUCCUGGAAGCUCUCUCUCCACCCCAGUCCUCCGGCAUCAGCCCAAACAAGUUGAGCCACAGCCAGAGUGGGGAUGAGGGGGAGGGUCCUCUGUCUGACAAGUGCAGCAGGAAGACUUUGUUCUACCUGAUCGCCACCCUCAACGAGUCCUUCAGACCGGACUACGACUUCAGCCGCACCAAGAGCCACGACUUCAGCAGGGAGCCCAGCCUCAACUGGGUGUUCAACGCCGUGAACAGCAGUCUGUCUGCCGCUGCAGGGGAGGAGUACAGCCGCCUGCAGUCACAGCUGUGGGAGGCCAUCGACACGGAGAUCUGCCUGUCUGAGUGUGACAUCUACAGCUACAACCCAGACCUGGACUCUGACCCGUACGGAGAGGAGGGUAACCUCUGGUCCUUCAACUACUUCUUCUACAACAAGAGGCUGAAGAGGAUCGUCUUCUUUACCUGCCGUUCUGUCAGUGUGUUCAUGGCUCCGCGAGGCUCUGGUAUGGGGAAUGAGGAGCUGGAUCUGGAGCUGGAGGAGGAAGACAUGGAUGAGGAGAGGUAUGGGGCUCUGUGUGCAUAGUGACACCUCCCAUUCCCAGACAACAGCUCCACCCUGACCCCUCUUCAGAAGGCACCCCGCCCCCCGCAGUUACACCAUCCUCUUCAUCCAGACAGCAGACCAGGGGGUUUCAGUCCUCGUCACUAUGGGAAGUUUGGUGUUAGAAUAGGAGACUUUGCUGC